UGUCAGAAUAGCAGAUUCUGCCGAAGAUUAAGCAUAAUUUUAAAUCGCCGAAAUGUAGGCAAACUCAAGCAACAUAAACUUUUGGCAGUGAAAACAAAAACAGAAGCACGUGCAGGAAAACUCCAAUCAGCAAGUGGAUCAGGGAGUAUUGUGUGUGAGGCUUCCCUAAAAAUGUCAGAUAGUGAGGAUGAAAAGAUUUUCCUGUUUCCCGGAGAAGAAGUCAAGGAAGCAGAGGAAGCAAGUUCAAAGAAGAAGGUAAUCAUUGGUCCGGGACUUCAAGGGAAUCUCAAGGAGAAUCGGGUUUGGGCCUCUCGAGGAGGUGAAUUGUGCAUGAAGAAGAAUACAACAUUCUGGCUGAACAGCCACCAGAAGCGCUAUGUUCCGGCCAAAGGGGAUACAGUUAUCGGAUAUGUGACUGGCAAGUCCACAGACACAUUCCGGGUGGACAUUGGAGGAAGUGAACCUGCAUCUCUGUCUUACCUGGCUUUUGAGGGUGCCACGAAACGCAACCGGCCGGAGGUUAAUGUGGGUGACAUCGUUUUUGCCAGGCUUCUGGUUGCCAGCGGAGACGUUGAGCCGGAACUGGUGUGCCUGGAUUCCACCGGUCUCAAGAAGGACAGAUUUGGAACUCUGCCGAACGAUGGAUUUGUCUUUGAGUGCAGCAUCAAUCUCUGCCGGAAGAUGCUGGAUGACAAAUUCCCACUGACCCGAGCUCUGGCCAAGGAAUACCGUUUUGAGAUGGCCGUGGGCGUCAAUGGAAGGAUUUGGGUACGUGGACACAAUCUCAGGCAAACUAUUGGACUCUGUCAUGCCAUCCUUGGUGUGGAGCAUGUCCGAAAGACUGAUCUGGAUGACUACUGUAGGAAUAUCAUCAGUGAACUAGCCGGAUUUUGAGAAAACUUGCCCAAACGGACAAAACAAUUAUGACCCGGUUGGCCAUGCCAUAUUCGAUUUCAUCCUCGGAUUUUCACACGAUUAAGGCAUAUGAUACCAAUAUGUAUAAAAGUAUUUAUAAAAAGUGAAUUUUUAAAUAAAAUUUUAUUAUAUUACAGACAAGAAAAAAUAAUGUGAUUAAUUAGGUUCCUUUUUUCUUGAUUUUCUGUCAUUUUGUCUUCUAAUUAUCCGAAUAAAAAAGCGGGCACUGAAUAUAGAAUUGGAAUAAACUGUCUUUAUUAGAAUUUGUUUUAUAUAUCUACCGAUUUUAGAUUAAAACAAAUUUAAAU